CGUAAAUAAAUAUGGCGUCGAAUAAACUGGGAAGGUGAAGAGCUUCUCUCUGGAAUCCAUUUCAUCCUUGCUUUAUGAAGCUCCAUAUAGCGAUAAUUUUCCCAUGUGGGGAUACCUAGAUGGUUGCUUAGAUCGUCCAGAGUAUUUUGGCGUGAUUUGAGGCAGGAAUGGAGCUCCGAGUUGGUAACAAGUACCGACUAGGACGAAAGAUUGGAAGUGGAUCUUUUGGGGAUAUUUAUUUAGGGACUAAUAUUGGGACUGCCGAGGAAGUUGCCAUCAAAUUAGAAUGUGUCAAGUCCAAGCAUCCCCAGCUCCAUAUAGAGAGCAAGUUCUACCGUAUGAUGCAGGGAGGUGUGGGUAUCCCGUCCAUCAAAUGGUGCGGUGCAGAGGGAGACUACAACGUGAUGGUGAUGGAGCUCCUGGGCCCAAGCCUGGAGGACCUCUUCAACUUCUGCUCGCGGCAGUUUGGCUUAAAGACAGUGCUAUUAUUGGCUGAUCAGUUGAUCAGCCGUGUUGAAUAUGUACAUAACAAAAACUUUAUCCAUCGGGACAUCAAGCCCGACAACUUUCUGAUGGGGCUGGGCAAGAAGGGCAACCUGGUCUACAUCAUCGACUUUGGCCUGGCCAAGAAGUACCGCGACGUCCACACGCACCAGCACAUACCCUACAGGGAGAACAAGAACCUGACGGGCACGGCCAGAUACGCCAGCAUUAACACACAUUUAGGCAUUGAACAAAGUCGGAGAGAUGAUCUGGAAUCACUGGGCUACAUGCUGAUGUACUUCAACCUGGGCAGUCUACCCUGGCAGGGCCUGAAGGCUGCCACCAAGAGACAGAAAUAUGAGAAGAUCAGCGAGAAGAAGAUGUCCACGGCCAUUGAGACACUCUGUUCUGGCUUCCCACCUGAAUUUGCCACAUACCUAAACUACACGAGGUCGCUACGAUUCGAUGAGAAGCCCGACUACUCCUUUCUCAGACAGCUUUUCCGCAAUCUCUUCCACCGGCAAGGCUUCACCUACGACUACAUCUUUGACUGGAAUCUUCUCAAAAUUGCCAGCUCCAAUCCACGACUAGCCCAACUCUUUAACUCAUCUAACCCCCAGGGCAGCUCCAAGCCCCACGAUGAGGAGCGGGACAGGCGGGAGGACAGGGACAGGCAAGGCCCCCUGCACCACCCCCGGAGCUCCACCACGCGGGCGGUGGCUACCACGGCGGCUACUAGCCGUAUCAAGGCAUCAGAGGGACCUCCACAAGGGCCUGCAGCAGGUGCUAACCCCACAUCACCCCGUCCAAUCUCCCGAGCCGAUAACCAGCGCUCAGUCAGCCGACGCCUGCACCGCGGCGUGGCCCCGCCGGGCAUGUCGGGCCCCGACCUGACGCGGCGCGACAUGGGCUUAGGCCGACUGACAACUCCAUACUCUGCAAUCAACGGCGGCAUUGGCAGCGGCCUGGGCGGCGCCACCAAGCCCAACGAGCUGUCGCGGGAGGACGGCGUGCCGCGGACGGCCUCGUCCCGCUACCUGCGGAAAUGACCAUCACGCCAUGUGGGCAGUGCUCCGUAUCGAUUAAAGAAUGAAAAACAAACAACAGAACGGUGAAGGGUGAUGCAAUAUGGCGUAAGAAAAUUGACAAGCAGAGAAACAGGCCAGAAGGAAUUAGAUGAAGGAGUUGUUUUCUUGAGCGAGAGAGAAGGGCCUCCGGAGGUGGUCAUGGACAACGCUUGGAUGGUCUUCAAGACUGGACUAAACUUUUUUUAGAUGGUAACCUGGAGUACUGACAAAUGGACAGAACUGUACACUGGGCACUGGGAGAUUGGAUGUGACCUGUUUGAUACCAAGACCGACCGAUUUUGUAGACGUUACGUCAAGAGCUGAUUUGCUGAAGGCAAAACGUGAACCAAUCAGUUGAUUGUCAAGUGAUUUGACUUGUAACCGAUCAAGUACGCAAUCGCUGCUCA